AUGGCAUAUAAUCCAAGCGUUAAACGUGGACCUCCAGAUUUCACUAUUAAGUGUAAAGGUCAUUCAUUUCUCGUUCAUAGAGAUGUUGUUGCUCCGCAGUCUAAACCAUUAGGUGCAGCGAUGGACACUGAGAAAUUCUUGGAAGGAACCAAAAACGAAAUGACACUCAGCGACGAAAACGACGACCCGGAAAUCGUAGGCUUAAUGGUCCAAUUUCUUUAUUGCGGAGAGUAUACUAUUCCUUUUCCCUCUAACACUUCCUCCUCGGCACGCUCCUCAGCAGACGAAGCAAUUAGAUGUACUCGCCACGUAGCACUGCACAUCUUCUCUGAUCUCUGGGACAUCCCCUCUUUACAAGUCCUCACUCUCUCGAAUAUUCAAACUACCCUUUCCCAUCUUCCUUUAUCAUAUUUCGCAUCGGUGUUGCGACAUAUCUAUGAAGAAACACCGGUAUCAUAUACGCGGAUUAGACAGAUAGCUGUAAAGGCCUUGAUGGAAAGAUUUACAGUUGGGGAAAUUAUGAAGGAUAAGGGGUUGAGAGAGCUGUUGAGUAGUAAUGGAGAAUGUGCUGUGGAUUUGUUGGUUUGGGGGGAGGAGAGGAGGAUUAAGAGGGAGAGGAGAGUGGGGAGAGAUUGGGAGCAGAGCGCGGUGAGGGGGAGAAGAGUGUGUGAAGAGAGGAUGUGGAGGAAGAGGGAUAUUUUAGGGGAUGACAUAGGAUGGGCUGAUAGAACUGGUGCGAGGUUUUGA